AUGGGUUGGGACACAUAUAAUGCUUACGGCCUCGAUUACAACGAAACCAUCAUUGCAACGAACGCCGAGAAUUUGGUAAACCUAGGCUUUCGAGACUUGGGCUACAACGUGGUCAUCUUCGACGAUGCUAUGACGGAACGCAAUCGAAGUGAAAAUGGCUCUCUCAUCGAAAAUGCCGCCAAGUUCCCCUCAGGUCUAGCCACUAUUGUCGACACGCUCCAUCGUGACGGCCUCUAUUUCGGCGUCUACAGCUCAGCUGGACGAUUUACGUGCGGAGGGUAUCCGGGAAGCCUGGGAUACGAAACAAUCGAUGCAGAAUGGUGGAGCAGUCUAGGGGCUGACUAUCUGAAGUACGACAACUGCUACAAUGAGGGUCUAUCCGGCACGCCGAAGCUGAGUCAAGACCGCUACGCCGCCAUGUCGAAUGCUUUGAAUUCGACCAGCCGCCAGAUCACCUACAGUCUCUGCAACUGGGGGGACGACAAGCCAUGGGAGUGGGCAUCGACAAUCUCAAAUUCGGCGCGAAUGAGCGGCGACAUCGCCGACACCUUCGACAUGCCUACGUCCAGCUGCCCCUGCGGCCCGGAUGAAUACUACUGCCAGCUACCGGGAUACGGAUGCAGCGUGGUCAACAUCCUGGGAAAGGCAAGCCACAUCACAAGCAAGAACCAACCAGGGUACUGGAACGACCUAGACAUGCUGGAGGUGGGCAACGGCGGGAUGGACUACGAGGAGAACAAGCUGCACUUCAGCAUGUGGGCGGCGAUCAAGAGCCCGUUGAUCAUGGGCAACAAGCUCGACAAGCUCAGCCCCGAAGACUACGCCAUCCUGCUCAACCCGGCCGUCCUGGCCAUCAGCCAGGACCCCAGCGGGAGUGCCAUCCAGCGGAGACUCGUCAGGCAGGUUGACGACACGGAUGAAUAUGGCUUUGGCGAAGUUCAGGUCUGGUCUGGCUCUCUGAAUAACAGCGACCAGGUCGUCGCGUUUCUCAACGUCGCCAACGCGUCGCGCACGAUGACGUUCUCGCUCGUCGACGUCUUUGGUGGAAUCAGAACCACCGAAAAUGCUCAGAAGAGCUGGGAUCUGUUUGAUGUCUGGGGAAAUGAAACUGUCAUGGCCAAUGACGUGGCCAGCCAGGUGUUGAAUGGCACGCUUGCUGUCGGAAACGCCACAGGCUAG